AUGGCGGACUCGACCGGCGCCCCCAAGCGCAGCGAUGAGCUCGCCGACGAGAAGGCUCUCGAGGCCAACGUCGAACACCCACCCGUGCCACGGAUGCAGCCGCCGGAGUUGAUCCGGAACAUGACGUCUGAGCAGCGGCUCGAGCUCGAAAAGCAACUCAAGCGCAAGAUUGACUUGCGCCUGCUGCCGGCUAUCAUCAUCAUGUACAUCAUGAACUAUAUCGACCGGAACAAUAUCGCAGCAGCAAGGCUGGCGGGGCUGACAAAAGAUCUGAACCUAACGGAUACCGAAUUUCAGACGUCGGUCAGCAUUUUGUUUGUGGGUUACCUGCUGAUGCAGAUUCCAUCCAACUUGUUUCUCAACAAAUUCGGCAAGCCGGCUCUUUACUUGCCCGGAUGUAUGGUUAUCUGGGGUAUCAUCUCCGCGCUCACGGCUGUGUGCACCAACGCAGCGGGCCUUCUCGCCAACCGUUUCUUCCUCGGCAUUGUCGAAGCCGCCUACUUUCCCGGCUGCCUCUACUACCUUUCCUGCUGGUACACACGCAAAGAGCUCGGCUUCCGCACUGCCGUCCUCUAUUCGGGCGCGCUCAUCUCGGGCGCCUUCUCCGGCUUCAUCUCCGCCGGCGUGACCUGGGGCAUGGACGGCGCGCGCGGGCUCGGCGCAUGGCAAUGGCUGUUCAUUAUCGAGGGUGCUGCUACCGUUGUCGUCGCGAUGGCCUGUGUCUUUGUGCUACCCAACUUCCCGCGCACGACCACGUGGCUGACGGAUGAGGAGCGGACAUUGGCGAUUUGGCGGUUACAGGAGGAUAUUGGCGAGGACGAUUGGGUCGGCAGUGAGGAGCAGACGUUCUGGGAGGGGGCCAAGCUGGCGUUUAUCGAUACCAAGACGUACAUUAUGAUGCUCAUGCUCUUCUGCAUCGUCGCCAGCGGGACCGUGACCAACUUCUUCCCGACCGUCGUCAACACCCUCCAGGAGGGCGCUCUUGCCGGGUCCAAGAACAGCAAGGUCAUCUCGCUGCUGCUGACCGCCCCCCCCUACGUGCUCGGCGUCAUCGUCACCUACCUCAACGCGACCCACGCCGACAAGACGGGCGAGCGCUACUGGCACAUCACCAUCCCCAUGUGGGUUGCCGUGAUCGCGUACAUCAUCGCGGCCACGACGACGAAGGUAGCCCCCAGGUAUUUGAGUAUGAUGCUCAUGGUCCCCUCUGUCUACUCGGGUUUCGUCGUCGCGCUGGCCUGGAUCAGCAACACCAUGCCUCGCCCACCCGCCAAACGCGCCGCCGCACUGGCCUUCAUCAACGCGGUCAGCAACUGCUCUAGCAUCUACGCCUCGUACCUGUACCCGGCCAGCGCGGACCCGCAGUACACCACGGCCAUGAUUGUCAACUGCGUCACGGCGUUCAUUGCGGUGUGCACGGCGACGGUGAUGAGGGCGGUGCUGGUGCGGUUGAAUAAGAAGUUGGAGGCUGGGGAGUGGGUGGAGGGGGCGAUUAAUGGUGGGGGGUUCCGGUUUAAGGUGUAG